UAGAAAGUUCACAUUUUCAACUAGUCGCAUUCUGUUUCAAAGUAUUUUUUUCAAUAAAAUCAUCGGGUAAUUAUUUUUAAAAUUUGUAUUGAAUACUAAUUUUAUUUAUUUAUUUUUUGGAAAUGAUUUUCUAAACUUUUUUGAUUCAAAAUUUAGAAUAUUAAUAGAAGUAGCUUGUUUCUGAAAGUGAUAUUUUUUGAACGAUUUAACAAAUAUGAAAAGGGGUCCAGCUGUAGUGACAGUUUAUGGUAGUGGACAGAGCGGAAUAAAUUGCUGUUGCUGUCGCUGUUGUACAUGCCUACAGUUUCAGGUCUUGAAAAGUACAGAAGGAAUCAUCAAGCUGGCACAAAUCAUUCUAGGAUUCUUUUGUCAAAGUCUAGCUUUAAAUUUUGGUGCUCAGUAUUCUUCAACGCUUGGUACAUCAUAUCAGUCCUUUUUAUCAACUGCUUCUUGGUGUCUGUUGACCAGCUUUUUGUUGCUACUCAGUUAUGUUUGUUCUCAGAAAUCCUUGAAUCUACUGAGAUCUUCUUUAUUCGAAACCCUUUUUAAUAUUGUGGCAGCUUUGAGCUACUUUGGAUCAUGUUCGUAUUUGGGAUGGGCAGUGUAUACUUUUCUACAACCGAUGUACGUUAUAACGCCAUUUUUUCAAGUAUAUCCUGCUAUGAGUGCCGCGUAUAUGAUGGGAACGAUUCUAGGUUUCAUUUAUGCAUAUGAUGGAUACAAAUCGUAUCAAUAUUUUAAAGGAAUGCGUUAAAAAUAUUAUGUAUCUAGAUGAAAAGCUUUUUUCAACAAACUGUGUUAAGUUGUACAAGUGA